AUGUCAAUGACCAGUUUGAGUUCCAAGUCACGGCGUCCCGAAGAUAUUAUCAUUGAGGGGUGGCUGCACAAGAAAGGAGAGCAUAUAAGAAAUUGGAGGCCAAGAUAUUUUAUAUUGUUUCACGAUGGAGCAUUGCUGGGAUUCAAAACAAAACCGAAGAUGGGACAGCCAUUCCCGGAGCCGCUCAAUGAUUUCAUGGUUAAAGACGCACAGGUCGAACUUUAA